AUGGUGCCCGCAAUUCUGACAGACGACCCCAAAUAUGUAAAGGAGAUCUUAUUGAAGCAAGACCAUGUUUUUUCUUCAAGGCCAAAGAACAUUGCUUCAGAACACUUCACAUUUGGGGGCAAUGACAUUGCUUUUGCUCCAUAUGGUCCACAUUGGAAGGAAAUGAGAAGAAUUUGCUUAAUGGAGCUUUUGAGUCCAAAGAAAAUAGACUCUUUUAGACAAGGAAGAAUUGAAGAAGUCAAAUGCAUGGUGAAGGACGUAUGUAGAGAAUCUUUGGAAGGUAAAAUUAUUAACAUGAGAAACCUAUUUGGGGAUCUCACAAGCAAUAUUAUUACCAGGAUGGUAUUAGGCAAAAGGUAUUUUGGUCCAAAAGGUGCAGGUCUUGAGAUAGCUAUUGAACACAAGGCCAAAAUUUAUGAGUCUUUUUCCCUUAUUAAUGGAUUCAACAUUGGUGAUUAUAUUCCAUUCUUGAGGCCUUUAGAUCUACAAGGGCAUGAAAGAAAAAUGAAAGAAAUAAUGAAGUGGGUUGAAAACUUAUAUGGUUCAAUAAUUCAAGAGCAAACCCUUGAACUUGAGAAAAGCAAUGAAACAGGGCCCUUGAACUUUGUCCACACAUUGCUAAAAGCUAAAAGUCAAGAUAAUGCUUUGAACAUGAUGAAGAUCAAAUCCAUUCUCAUUGAUAUAUUUGCUGCAGGAACAGAUACUUCUUCUACUACUAGUGAAUGGACAAUGGCCGAGCUCUUGAGGAACCCUAAAUAUAUGACCAAAGUACGUGAAGAAAUUGAUGCAGUUGUUGGGCAAGGGCGACAUGUUGAAGAGUUUGAUUUGGUGCAUUUGACAUAUUUGAGGGCUGUUGUUAAAGAAGUAUUUAGGCUACAUCCUGUGGGUGGAUUUCUUAUUCCUCAUAUGUCCAUGGAAGACACAAAAAUAGAAGGCUUUGAUAUACCAAAAAAUACCAAGAUCCUUAUCAACACUUAUUCAUUGGGAAGGAACCCAAAAAUAUGGUCAAACCCUAAUGAUUUUUGUCCUGAAAGGUUCAUCACAAAUGAGAAGGAUCGUGUGGAACUCAAUGAUCCUGAUUGUAAAAUCAUUCCAUUUGGAGCAGGAAGGAGAGGUUGUCCAGGAGCAACUCUAGGAAUAAAAGUGGUUCUACUAAGUUUGGCUCGUUUGAUCCAUCUUUUCAAUUGGUACCCACUUUACAAAGAAAAACUAGAGGAUUCUGACAUGGUGGAAGCUUUAGGAUAUACAAUAAAAAGUGUACCCCUUGAAGUCAUUGCAAAACCAAGACUAGGAUCGUUACUUCUCUAA